ACUAUCAGAAGGUUUGAGACGCACUGUUAAAAUCGUUGAAUUGUUCCAUUUUGUUUAAAAAUAAAGAAAAUUGCCAAUGUUCUGGACACCAGAGCAUGUGGAGAGCAUGCUGGAUGUGCUCAAGACCUCCACAGAUCGAACGGUCAUUUACAAAUGCCUGGUGAAACUGCGCACCGAUCUGGUGAAGGACAAGAAUGGCAUUGUUUUAUUUCGCACUGCUGGGGGCGUUCACAUCAUGGUUCGUUUGAUCACCAAGCUAAAUGAAAAGAUAAUGGAGGUGGUCUUGAGCAUACUAGGAAACUGCUGCACUGACGAACAGGCCUGCAUUGAGGCCGUUGAAUGCAAGGUGAUUCCCCCGCUUGUGACCAUUCUCAAGACCAUACCCAAUCCUCUGAUCCAAUGCCGCGCCUGCCGGAUGCUGGGAAACCUGGCCAAAAGCAAGAAGGCAUCCCAGUAUCUCAACGUUCACUACGCCGCCAUUGCCCCGGCCAUCUGCCACAUCAUCGAGUCCACCAGCGCCGUGCAGACCCGCAUCAUGGCCUUCCGCGUCUGCCGCUUCCUCCUGGCCAGCAGCCAGUUUCUCAAGUACUUUCUCGUCUCCAAUGGGUUCCUGCAGCUAAUGCGCAUCUUCCUGGCCGUGAUGAAGAACAAUGAGGCUCCCAAGGAGCCCGUCCCAGACAUCGAGGUGUCCACGCUGAUUGGCCUGAAGCGGAACCAGCACCGCGAGAAGUACUUCGAGGAGGUGGCCCGAAAUUUGGAGGGUGUCCGCAGUGACAUCUUCGACUACCAGAUGCUCAAGAACGCCACACGGAACUGUGACUAUGCUCUGCCCAAGGAAAAUGAGGCGGCUGUGGAGCUGGCUCUGGAGAUUUUAAAGUGUCUGGUCCUGAUUUCAGCUCAACAGAUUGGCAUGAAAGCUUGGGAGUCCAUUUCCCGCAACACUUCGCUGGCCUCGAUUGUGUGCUUCGUGAAGGAGGACGGCGAUCAGCGGGCUUCGGCCCUAAAAAUCCUUUCGAACUUCUGCAAGGAUCCCUGUGCCUUCUACAUGCUGAGCACGGCGGAUGCCAUUGUGGCCGCCUGCGAAAUGCUCAUGGCGGUUAACAUGGCAAAGCCACUGAACGAAAGCGAAAAUCGGCAUUGCAUUAACAUCAUAUUGACGCUAUCGACGGAUGCCUGCAGUCGCUCGAAGAUCCGAAGAUGUGGAGCACUGCGCAAACUGGUGGCCAUGAUAAGGGACUCCAAUUCCCAGAGCGAGCGUUCAUCGCUUUUCCACAUACUCAACAACUUUCAAUAUGACAACAUAAGCAUGGAGCUACUGCUAUAUGAGGGCUUGGUGCCCAUGCUGGUGAGGGAAUUGAAUGAUUACCUGACCAGCGAUGAUGAGCAUCACAAACGUAGACGAGAGGAGAGGCUACAAGGUGGCAAGAAGAGAAAACUGACGGAUCCCACAACGCCAGAGACGCUAAGCAAGUUCUCAAAGACCCACGAGACCUCGGACUUUGACUCGCCGAGCAGUUCACCCAGGUCUUAUCGCACCACCAGUCCGUGCAGUUCGCGUAGCAUGUCGCCGGUGUGCAAAGAUCUGCUUGCAAAUGAUGACGACGACAACUAUUCACCGGCCUGCAGUGACGACGACGACGAAGACGAGGAUGACAGCACAUAUACUGGCAGUGGGGAUACUAGGGAUCGCCGCGCAGCCGCCAAUCGUGCUCAGGCCUCGAAUGUCUUGGACAUAUUGAAGCUAAUCGACGAGGGUAGCGAGCCCAUAGAUGAUCCGCUGUCCGACAAAGAGGAUCUCGAGGAACUCAGCUCGGAUGUGCCGCCCAAGCUGGCCCAGUUCCGCAAUCAAGCAGGCGACACCAUCGACAUUAUCGAGAAUCUAAUUUAUCGCAUUACGCUGAUGGUCAACAAGCGAGUGGAGCUGGGAAAGCCAGAGACAUUGGACACCCUGAUCAGAGCCAUCAACCUAUUUGGGGCCAACAAUAAUUUCUCCAAUGCCCUGACCAAUAUUCUACUGGAGAGCCAGUUUUUUGCCCAGAUCAUCAAACAUGGCGUGGUGCAUCAACUCUAUCAGCUAACCAAGGUGGAAGAGAUGCGCAAGGAUGGCUUUGCCUUUUUGGAAACCCUAACCAAUGUGGGCGAAUCCAACUAUGGCAAGGAGGAGCUGGUGCGUCUACUACGCUGCGAUGAUGUGAAUGCCCAGCACAGAGCAGCCAUUUCGGUGGCCUACAUUGUCAAGAGCCAUCGCUUGCUGUAUCAGUUCCUGUACGACGGCAAUGCCCUGAACCUGCUGUUUGAUCUUAUGCUGCGCAAGAAAAGCGAUGACCACUAUGCCAAUGAGGCUGUGGAUGCAGUCACCUCAAUGGCCCGCUAUACCCUGGGCAUUGUUUUAUCCGAAGCUGAAGCUGUAGCUGAACCUGUGGAAAGUGCGGCUGACAUGUGUACGCAGAAGCUAAGUGAAUCUGCGCCACUGCACGAGAAGUGCGACAUGAGAUUUUUGGUCAGUGGAGGGGCUACAGAGGAUUCCACCCUGACCAUUGGCUUCAAUAAGCAGCUGCUCUGCGAGACCAGCGAGGUUUUCAACAAAAUGCUCAACAGUGACUUCCGCGAGGGUCACCAUGGCGAGAUUCAGCUGCAGGACUACACGGCCAAUGGAUUGCGUUACUUUCUGCAUUUAAUCGUGUGCCAGAAGCGGCACCCCAACGAACCGGACUACCCGGCUCUGCUGCAGGCCUACGAGAUGUCGCGCGUGUACAUCAUACCCGAGAUGGAGGCCAUACUGCAGCAGCGACUCGUCCAGUUCCUGGACGCGCACAACUGCCUGCGCCUGCUGGAGUGGGCGCUGAAGAACUACCAUGCCGAGCUGACGGAAACGGCCAUCAGCUACUAUCUCUGCUCCUUGCUGCCGGCGCAGGAGAAGCUUCAACUCUUUCGGGCGGCCGAGGACUCCACCUAUGCCACCGAAUGGUUCCAGCUGCUCAACGAUGCUGUUUUCGAGCGGUGUCGCAGCACUGGCUAUUAGUAGACAACACCUCCAUCACCACCAUCACCACCUCCAUCUCCAUCUCCCAGUUAUGUUCUGUGAUCGUCAUUCUUUCCGUUUUCAGCUCGAUCUAUUUGCCACAGCCCCGGGCCAAGUAUUCCAAUGUGCUACAAGUGUAUAUUAUAUUUAAAAUGUAUAGACUCUAA